AUCUUUUACUGAUAUGAUUAAGCAUUGUUUUACUUCUUAACACCUGAACAUUCGAAAGUUAUUCAGUCAGUGUCUACACUGCAGACCCGAGAACAGCUCCCCAACAUGGGAUUAAAAUUACCUUUGUCGCUAUUUUUGUUAGCGUGUUUGUUAAGCUACGGUGUAGCUCAAACCAUCAUUGCUACAACCCCGCCAUUCGUUGCCCAAUUAUACGUUCCCAAUAUAACCCGUCCCCGAUCGUUGCUACUCGAUUUGGCUGGUGAUGUCUUGGUGACAAGUAAUACCCAGAGCAGAAUUACUGCCAUUAGGGAAACAAACAACGGAAAUGGAACCGUUACAGUUACAACAAGAGUUAUUGUUGACGGUGCUGGUCUGGGCUUAAAUCACGGAAUUGCAUUCUUUGGCGGAUUUCUGUACGCAUCGAAUCCGACAACAGUGUUCCGUUGGCCGUACACACCCGGAUCAUUUCAAUUGAUCAAUCAAAAUACUCGGCAAACCGUUGUCCAAGGUAUUCCCAGCGUUCAAGGACAUACCACCCGAACGCUUGCGUUUGAUCGCCAAGGAAGAUUGUACAUUGCCAUUGGCACACAAACGAAUGCCACUCCGUCGCCGCAUCGAUCACGAAUCUUGAGAUUCAACAAUUUGGGUAAUCAAUUUUUGCCGAUUCCAUUCGGAAAUGGUGAAGUUUUUGCUCAUGGUUGCCGAAACACCGUCGGUCUUGGAUUUAAUGCCAAUGAUGUUUUGUUCGGCGUUGACAUGGGAGCUGAUAUGCUUAAUCGACCGGAUGUUGGAGCGAUCUGGGGAGACAAUCCUGGAGACGAAAUGAACAGACAUGCAUUGCCCACAAACAGACAUUUCGGAUUUCCUGAUUGCUGGUCAGUCUAUCGUCUACCUGGUCAGCCUCAAAGCUCACAGUUCGCUUGGCCAUUUGCCGGUGUAAAUUUGGCCGCUAUGGAUACAUGGUGCCGUAACCCAGCCAAUAAUGUCCCUCCAGUCUUAACUUUCCCUGCUCACGCCUCACCCAUGUCAAUUGACUUCUAUGACGGAGCGAAUUGCGGUGUAAACGGAGGUUUCCCGUGCGCUUCUGUCGACGAGGCCUUCGUCACAUUCAGAGGAUCGUGGCAUCCAGGUAUUCCCCAUGGUUACAAGGUCACCUGGUAUCGAUUCAACAGAGCCACGGAAACACCAACCGGUGAAGCUAUCGACGUUCUAUUCUCGCCAGUUGCUGUGAACAGCUGUAACACAUGCUUAAGACCGGCUGGCGCUGCCUUCAACAGAAAUGGUCAUUUACUUGUUAGUGCUGAUACUACUAAUCAAAUAUUCAGAGUUGCACACAACACGGUAUUGCCAACGAUUAUCAAUGUCACGUCGUAAAGUGUUUGUUGACUGAAUAAAGAUAACAAAUUGCA